GAUUAUUUUGUGAUUUAAAUUUUAAGACAUUUAAUAAUAUACAAUUUUAAAAAUGUGGAUAAGGGUGUUGUUACUGUUUUUAAUAAAAUGUGCAUUAGUUAUUCAUGGACAAGAAAGAGUUGCCGAAAACCGAUACAAUAAAGACCGGGGGUUUCUAUUAACAAUGCCUAAAACGUUAAUUAAUGGGAAAAAUGAAAGCGUCUGUUUAUCAUUGCAUUCCUUUAAUUUUCCAACAACGGUAAUUGUUGAUUUGAAAUGGAAAGAUGAACAUUUUUCUACUAAUAAUAUUCUUAAAACAGAUUACACAUGUUUUCCUUUAUACGUACCUCUUUUACCAAUUGAAGAUCCACAAUUUGUGAAAGUAAAAGUAAACAUUCAGAACAGUGGGACUUUAACAUCAUCUCGCAACCAGGAUCCUAUUUUAUUGUACCCCCACAAGGCAAAUAAAACUUUUAUUGAAACUGAUAGAUACAUUUACAAACCAGGCGACACAAUAAAAAUACGUUUAUUGACAAUAAAUAAUGAUUUAUUACCACAAAGUGGAACAAUAAACGAAAUUAAAAUAAAAAAUCCUUUGGAUGUAACGGUCGCUAUUUGGGAGAACUUAAAGGCAAACAUGGGUGGACCAGGAAUAAUUCAGUUCGAAUAUUUGUUACUUCAGGAAUCAAUUACUGGAAAAUGGAAAAUUGAAAUGCCUGGUGAGACCGUGUAUUUUCUUGUGGAAAAAUACGUCUUGCCGAAAUUUCAAGUGGAGGUGGACCAUCCAAAAACCGUUUAUUUUGAAGAAGAAAGCGUACAGUUAAAAGUAUGUGGCAAAUAUAGCUAUGGCAAAAAUGUUAAUGGAUACGGUUUAAUUAAAGUAAUUGACUCACAUUCUAACAUGCAAACUCUAUACAAAACAAAAAGACUUACUGACGGCUGUACAGACUUUGUAAUCACCAGAAAUGAAUUGAACUUAGAAAAUAUAAAUAGUCUUCUUACGAGCGAUCCAAAGAUUUAUGUCCAUAUAACUGCUACAGUAACAGAAUACGGUACAAAUAGAAUGCAAAUGGCCAUGGUAAAAUGUUUAGUUGUUACGAAACCGUACAAUUUAAAAUUUGUUGGGGACUCCAUGUUUUUACCAGGACUGCCAUAUAAAGGGAAACUGCAAUUUUUCAAUGUUCAUAUUGGAAUGAGAUCUCAGAUGUUUGAAAUUUGUUACAAUUUUGCCAUCAAUAAAAGCUGGAAUUAUUUAAACAAUGAACAGUGUUCGAACUACACUAUGUUAGACAAUCAAAGAUUUAUUGAAUUUAACAUAUUGCCCUUGCAAAGUAGAGUUAUACACAUUCAUUUAACAGCUAGAUCUCUGAAUAACUCUGAAAUAUUUGAUAGCUUUUUGGUGCUGAGGCAACAUUCUCUCAGCAAUAGAUAUUUUUCAAUUGAGGGCGCACCCAAUAACAACGCUUGCAACACUCAUCAAACGUUUCGUAUAUCAUUAAGGAGGGACAAAUUUGCCACCAAGGAGAAUGUGGCUUUUUACUACAUGAUAAAAUCACGCCAUCAAUUACAUCAUAUGGGGAAAUAUGUGUAUACUGUAAGAAAUCCGUCAGAAGAAUCCGAAGAAGAACUAAAAAAUAUAAUAGGUGAUAAACACAAAUUUAAUAGGAAUUCCCCAUUGGAAAUGGAGGACUUUACGUUCACUGCUGAUCUAAAAUCUAUGAUUCUGAGUAGCUAUCAGAUUUUGAUAUACCACAUAACAAAAGGGGGUGAAGUAAUCGCUGCUUCCAGACAUGUGGAGUUAGAACCGUGUCUACAAAAUAAGGUAAAUGCAAAGUGGUUACAUAAACAGUUGUAUCCCGGAUCUACUGCAGCUUUGCUCUUAAACGUCAGUUCUGAUUCGAUUUGUUCGAUUUCCGCAAUCGAUAAGUCGGUGUCAUUUUUGGAAAAUCACAAUAAAAAAUUAGAUGUUCACAAACUGCUUUCGCCAUUUUUAAAAGAAAAGCCAGUCGCUGAAACCAAUCGAAGAACAUGCAUACCUCCUAAUAAAAAACAAGCUAGACAUAUUUCAUACACGGAGGAUGAACAAAGACAUCGCAGUAAGAGACACGUAUUUCCGUUUUCUGAAGAUUACGACUCGUUUGAUGUGUUCAAUAAACUCAAUACCAUUGUUAUCUCAAAUUUAAAAAUUAUAACAAAACCUUGUUACACUGGUCCUUUAGUCCAGCCACAAGAGGAAGUGCAAUACAUAACGCGCACUCAAACAGAUGAAUAUGAAGAGCAAAAUGAAGAAACGACACUUUCGGUACGGUCAUAUUUCCCAGAAACUUGGUUAUGGGAUUUGGUGAAGGUUGAGAAAAACAAACCCGUAAAAGAGGAGAGGAUUCUUCCACACACAAUUACCAACUGGAAAACUAACGUAAUGUGCGUUUCUGCUACUGAUGGUAUUGGUUUCAGUCAAGAAAUAGAAAUAUCCGCAUUUCAACCGUUCUUUGUCGAUGUCGUAACGCCCUAUUCCGUCAAAAGAGAAGAAUAUUUUUAUGUUCCAAUUACCGUAUUUAAUUACCUCAAUUACAGUUUACCAAUUCGUAUAAAAUUGGAAUACACUGACAAUUUGGAGUCGGACAACUCAAUAGGGAACUUAUCGCACUGCGUGACACCAAAUGCAACAAUUAAUCAUGUAUUUAACUUGAAAGCUUUAACUACUGGAAGUGGUAACAUAACUGUUUUAACAGAAGUAGACACCGAUUUUCCCUCAAAAUGUGGUCCAGAUUCGGUUGUAAACAAAAGGGAUAUCGUUCAAAAGAGCAUAAUUAUUGAACCCGAAGGGUAUCCCGUAAAAAUAACAAAGUCAGCACUUUUGUGUGGCUCAGGGGAGAGAGAGUCAAAAAAUAUAUCUUGGGAAAUAUCUACGCCAGAUGACAUUGUAUCAAAAACAGCUAAGGCUUACGUAGCAUUUAACGGAGAUAUUCUGGGGCCUGCAAUUGAGAACCUGGAAAAUUUACUGUCCAUUCCUAUGGGUUGUGGAGAACAAGUAAUGGCAUCGGUGGCGCCGAAUUUGUACGUGAUGCGUUAUUUAGAAGCCACCGGAAAAUUAACAACAUCAAUGAGACAAAGGAUAACGAGAAAUUUAAAAAUAGGCUAUCAAAGGAUUCUUAACUAUGCUCACAGGGAUGGUUCGUUUUCAGCUUUCGGUUAUCACGACAGUUCAGGUUCAAUGUUUUUAACUGCUUUCGUUGUAAAAACUCUACAAGAGGCCAAAAAGUAUGUAUACGUAGAUCAGCGUGUCAUUAACAAGGCAGUUAAUUGGAUAUUUAAACACCAAUUGGAAAAUGGAUGUUUUAACGCUAUGCUGCACGUUUUCCAAGACAUGGGAGGUACAAGUAUGGAGAACAGUACAGCCGGUCUGACGGCGUAUGUAAUAUUGAGUCUUGAGGAAGCUAACAUUCCGAUACCCACAGAAGUGAAGACGAACGCCAAAUAUUGCAUUAGAAGUUUGAACAAUCCUGACAAGUACUCUCUUGCGAUAAGUUGUUACGCUUUAUUUAAAGUAAGCUGGAUUAGUGAGGCCAGCAGAAUGUUAAAUAGAUUAAUGUUGCUGGGUCAUCAACACCAAAACAUGAUGUGGUGGAGCGUACAAGAUGAAAAACAAUCAACGGCUACAGAUUUAGAAUUGACGGGUUAUGUGCUGAAGGCUCUCCUGCACCAGAAUAGUGAUGAAAGUCUUGCUAAUGCUCAUUCUGCUGUUAGAUGGUUGGUAUCCAAACAGGGACCGCAUGGAGGGUUUAAAACAACACAGGACACAGUGGUUGUUUUAGACGCUUUAACAAAAUACGCAGCUUUGAUAAACGAGAACAAGCUCGACCUUAAAAUCAAAGUAAGUGCCAAAAAUCAGCAUUAUAAAUUCUCAAUACAAAGUGAAGAAAAGAUAAAAUCUAAGAGAGUACCAUUACGAGCAACGGACAAUGAAAUUUUAGUGGAGAUAUCAGGAAAAGGAUGUAUAUUGGCACAGGUGGUAUCGUCUUAUUAUUUAAAACACGCGAAGAAAAGCGAGGCAUUUAAACUUCACUUAGACAUAGCCCCCGUUUCGAAUGUGGAUCCUUGUUCUAUUACAUCUUUAUCCCCAUGCCUGGCUUAUAUGGGACCAGACACACAGUCUAAUAUGGCAGUUCUGGAAGUUACUUUACCAUCUGGAUAUUCCGCAGAUAGAGCUUCUUUAUAUAAAUUGGUCGAGGCAGAAUCUAAAUCCAAGGUUAAAAUGUUUGAAGAAAUUAAAAAUCAAGUUGUUUUGUAUUUGACAAAGCUUAGUAACGAACAAGUAUGUAUUACAUUUAAUAUAAAUGAAAAUACGUUGGUCGAAACGAGGAAGGAUUCAAUUAUUAAACUUUAUGAUUACUACAAGCCGGAAUACGAAAGCGUGCAAUUUUAUCACAUGAACAAAGAGUGUUUGAUAAAUAAUACACAUUUGCCAGAAAUUACAGAAAGUCCCAAUAAAAAGAUUAUCAACUUCACCAAUGAUUACAUAGAGGAUUCGUUCGCUUAUAAAAACGUUAAUAAGGCGAAACGGGAAAGAAGGCACAUCGACUCCAAGAAAAAAUCAAAUCUUAAUCCAGAUUUUGUAGACAUGGACAUGGAUAUGGCCACACCAAAUGGAGUGGAAGGAAAUAGGCCAGUCUAUGUGAAAGCCCCUAAAAACAUGACCAUCAAUAAAAUAACAUCAAAAAUACGAAGAGACAUAAACAGAAAUAGGUUGAAGAAAUUGCCUUCAGAUCACAACAGGCAGAAACGACAAAUUAAAUCGAAUUUAAACCCAAAUUUUGUCGAUAUGGAUAUGGAGAUGGCAACACCUAAUGGAAUGGAGGGAAAUGUUCCAACAUACAUUAAACCCAGCCAAUCUUUAUUAAAAAAUAUGACUAAAGCAAGUAAUGUUUUUCACACAUAUGUAUAAAUUAUUCAUUCAUAUUCUACUAUUAUUAAUGUUCUGCUAGUUUAAUUUUAUAUUACAACUAAGUAUAUUAAAUAAAAUGUCACACAAUAAA